AUGCACCAAGAUUGUCUACAUGGAGUACCCGUAGAAUAAACUCUUUGGCAUGCGGAUUUUGCUCUCAUGUUGUUUAUGGCUGUAGCUGGGUCAAAUCCCAAAUUAAACCAUAGCCCAUCUUCGUGACAACUCUGUCCCGGGAAGAUGUCGAGUCGUGCUCUGAGGAGGUUGAAGGGGAAACAGCGGGGGCAGGAGGCCCUGGACCUCGGUGAUCUUGUCCCAGGUGAAGGGCCAGAGCCAGAGGAGCAGGCUGCGGAUGUUGAGGAAGAAGAAGAGGAACUGGAAGAAGCUGUUCUCCAGCCUGUUAUUAAGAGCAGCAUCAGAAAAACUAAGAAGAAUAAGAAAAACUUGAGCAACAUUUACGAACUGAUAUGUGAUGCAGAGAAAGCCACGACGGAUGAAGACACAGUGAAGCCAGAAGAACAGAAUGGUGAUGAAAGCAAGGAGAAGAGUGACAGCGGGGAAACAGAGAAGAGAGAUGCACAGCCUGAGACGGGUGCUGCGAAGUCCGGAGAUAAAGCGAGCAAGAAAAAGAAGAAAAAGAAGAAGAAAAAGAACACUACAGGAGAUAAACAGGAGGGAGCUGGGGAUGACAUUGACGCGUUGCUGGAGACCAUAGAGCAGUCUAAUGGACUGACCCUGCAGAGUGAGGGCUGUGGAGGCUCAGACAACAGGCCUGUACUCUAUGUGGAACACAGGAACCUGAAUCCUGAGACGGAGUUGAAGAGAUACUUUGGAGCUCGAGCAGUUCUUGGAGAUCAAAGACCUCGUCAGAGACAGAGACAGUUCCAUCGCAGCACCUGGAUGACCAUCCCUAAAGACACCUGGCCACGCUUCAGUCGCCCAGGUAUCUCAAUGACCCUACUGGAGUCCAGGGAUGGUCUACAGUACUUCACCUUCGAGCACAGCCGAGACUACCAGCAGAUUCAGUUCAAAUUCCUGGACUCAGUGGAGUCCAUGGAUCCCAACAACAUUGUGGCCCUGCUACAGAUGAAUCCCUACCACAUUGACUCCCUGCUGCAGCUCUCUGAUGUCUGCCGCAUACAGGAGGACCAGGAAAUGGCCAGGGACCUAAUCGAGCGCGCCCUGUACAGCUUUGAGUGUGCAUUCCACCCUGUGUGCAGCCUGACGUCAGGAACCAGCAGGCUGGACUACCUGCGACCAGAAAACAGGGCAUUCUACUUGGCUGUUUAUAAGCACAUGAUGUUCCUGGAGAGGAGGGGAUGCCCCCGGACAGCCCUGGAGUACUGCAGACUCAUCCUGAGUCUGGACCCCGACAGCGAUCCCCUCUGUAUGCUACUGCUCAUUGACUUCCUCUCCCUGCGCUCACGAGAGUACAACUUCCUCCUCCGGCUAUACCAGGAUUGGGAGGUGCACAGGAACCUGUCCCAGUUGCCAAACUUUGCCUUCUCUGUGGCUCUGAGCCACUUCCACCUGAGUCAGGAGGAUCAGACUGAGUCAGAGGAGAGGGAACGGCUCAAACACAAGGCUGACCUGCUGCUGCAGGACGCUCUCAUCAUGUUCCCUGGAGUGUUGAUGCCUCUGUUGGACCUGUGCACAGUGCAGCCAGACGCUGCUGUAUCGUCACAUGACUUCUUUGGACCCAGAAGCCAGUUGGGGCAGUCUCCUGCCCUGGCUGAACUGGUGUCUCUGUACGUGGGGCGGACGCACACCCUGUGGAGGGAGGGAGGGGUCCUGCUGUGGCUGGAGGAGUGUGUGAGGGAGGUGUUACGACGAGUCGACGCUAAAGACCCUCUGGUGGAGGACUGCCAAAACAAGAGGAAGCAGAGGUACCAGAGUGCCCCCCUGAACAUCCAUCGCCACGUCAUCCUGUCUGAAAUCAAAGAGGCCACCUCCACUCUACCGCUGGAGGUGACCACUCAGUCGGUGAUGGGGUUCGAUCCUCUCCCCCCGCUGGACUCAGUGGUCUCAUAUACCCGGCCUGAGAGGCAGAGUGUGGGAGCCUCCAAUGAGAGCACCCUGUCACUGUUCUUCCGCUCUCUGCUGCCAAACUUCAACUUGCAGGGUGAGCCGAUGCCGCAAGAUGACCUGGAAGUAGCUCAGGCAGGUCGGGAGCUGAACCAAGAAGUAAAUCGUCUGAUGGUGGCCAUGAGGGACAUGCUGGCCAACAUCCAGUUUCAGGAGCCACCUAGAGAGGACAACCCUGACAGAGACGAGGGGGAGUGGGACUGAGAUGAGGAGGAUACAGAGAGAGGUGGAGUGAGACUUGAGGGAGAGGUACAUAGAGCUGUGAAUGGAUAGAAGAAAAUAAAAGGUUGAUUAAGAUGAAUGGAGUUGGAGUACAGCAGGGUGGUAGGAGGAUGAAGAGUGAGUGAGGGAAUAGAUUCAGUGAGGGUAGCAGUAACAGAUGUACUGUAACCUUAAAGAAAGAAAUGGUAGGUCAUCUAUAUGACCCAAACAUCAAACAAACUCUCCCUUUCUGAUAUAGGCACAGUAGUAUCACCUCUUCCUCCUGUCAUAGUCAGUCAGUCCAUCAGCCCUCUCUCCUUCCUCAUGUCAUAGUCAGACAGUCCAUCAGCCCUCUCUCCUUCCUCAUGUCAUAGUCAGUCAGUCCAUCAGCCCUCUCUCCUUCCUCAUGUCAUAGUCAGACAGUCCAUCAGCCCUCUCUCCUUCCUCAUGUUGUCCCAUUCUCUUUCCUCAGGACAGUUGUUCUUACUGAUCGAGAAGAUCAGGAGGCUGCGUUCAUCAAGAAAAAAACUCCCUCCGUUUUUUUAAAAGAAUAUUGCUUAUCAAAAAAAUGAAUAUUGUGUUUCAUCAGAAGGAUAAUGAUGCCCUCCUGCUACAGUAUAUCUGAAGUGGAAUUAUUUAUGAUUGAAUAAAUCCCUAUGGUGUUGUCUUAGCAACUAAACAUCGUACACACAUUGACAGUCUACUGCCAUACGAGUUGAUGAGAGUCAGGAUAAAGGUUAAUGAGUGUCUGAUAAAAGUCAGAAUUAUACAGUAAUUCACCUUGUGAGUGGAACAAAUGAACUUAACCUCUUAUUCCAUUUUUUAAUAUUGGCCAUAACAACUUUGAUUUUUAACUUCAACUCCCAAUUAACCCUGUUCAUCAUUGAAUAUAAAAUGUUGUCUUAGAAAUCUGAUUUUGAGGAUAAAAUUCAAACUGAUCAGGAUAUUUUUCUGUUGUGGUUCUCUAUAAAGAGGUAUUUUUAACCUUACCUGAAAUCAAUUCUAGGCUGUUUAUUAACUAGGGCCCGAAGUUGGUCCCAAUGAGGUCAUGUUGGCAGGAAAAACUACUGGCCCAAGUCAUCUGUUAAUGUCAGGAAAGGAUUGCAUGAUAUCCAACCCACUACUGUAAAUACUCUGCUUAGAAAUCAUUUAUUACACAAGCUAAUGUAAAGACAAUAAACUUGAUGUUCAUAUGGUUCAA